AUGGUCGUGGAUGUGGACGUGGACGUGGACGUGGACGUGGACGUGGACAUGGACGUGGAGGACGUGGACAUGGACGUGGACCUGGACGUGGACGUGGACGUGGACGUAGACGUGGUCGUGGACGUGGUCGUGGAUGUGGACGUGGAUGUGGACGUGGACGUGGACAUGGCCUUGGACGUGGACAUGGACGUGGACGUGGUCCUGGACGUGGACGUGGUCGUGGUCGUGGACGUGGUCGUGGACGUGGACGUGGUCGUGGACGUGGACGUGGUCGUGGACGUGGACGUGGACGUGGACGUCGACGAGGUCGUGGACGUGGACGUGGAUGCGGAUGUGGUCGUGGACACGUGGACGUGGACGUG